AUGGCGCUGUGUCACAAUAGAUUACAAGAGGAGCGCAAGCAGUGGCGGAAAGACCAUCCGUUUGGCUUCUACGCGCGACCGAUGCGCACAAAGGAGAACAUUUUAGACCUGAAGAACUGGGAGUGCGGUGUGCCCGGCAAGGAGAAGACGAUUUGGGAGGGCGGCAUGUUCAAGCUGGUCAUGUCCUUUCCCGACGGUGAGGCUGAACCCAAUACUGUUGUGCGACGUCACGAGACUGACCAGAUGCGUUGCCCCCUAGGCAACGGAAGGAGAAAAGCUAACAAAAGUUGGAUAGGCAAAUUCGUCCCGCCACUGUUCCACCCCAACGUGUACCCCUCUGGCACCGUCUGCCUGUCGAUUCUCAACGAGGAGGAGGCGUGGAAGCCCGCCAUCACAGUCAAGCAAAUCUUGUUGGGUAUCCAGGACCUUCUCAACGACCCGAACCCCGAGUCGCCGGCGCAAGCCGAGGCGUACAACCUGUUCAAGCGCGACCGCGUCGAGUACGAGAAGCGCGUGCGCCGCGUGGUGCGCGAGAACCCGACACCAUGA